UUCUUCGUCUGAUAUUCUGCUAGGCCUAGUCUAGUUCCUUGGCUAUCACUAAGACUGUCUUCUAACUUGACUGCUAGCAAUAUAUAUUUACCUUUUAUUAUCUAAGCUAAUAUUAGAGUAUUUGAUCUGAUUACUUAUGUACACUCUUACAAGUUUUAUUUUUUAUCUCUAAAUGGACUGUUACUGUUAUUAUGCACAGCAAAGUCGUCUGAUUUAAAAGUUAGUACUAAAAAAAAAAGACUUUUUGUGUAAUUACAACAUUAAUGGCUAGUGCCAAUUGUCCUGCUGGUGAUCCAGCUGCUAGUCCAAAGCAUUCUAAUGGUCAUGCUAGUCCAUUAGAUUUGAUCAGAAGAUUUCACAAGCUGCAAACUAAGAGAGUUGAAGGAUAUAGUCAGUUUGAAGAAGCAUUCAAUACUUUCCUCGGAGGAGCUCCAGUAUAUGAUUUCAAUGCAUACAAACAACGUGUUGCAGAAAUAACUGUUGCUUUUCGUCAGAUAUCAGAAGAAAUAAUUCAUAUUAAAAACUCAUUGAAAGAUACCCAUAAUAAAGGAGAGAUAUCAGCUAUAAUUGAAAAGAUUCAGGAUCUUGAAGAAGUGAAGCUAAAAUCAACAGCUGAUUUACAGAUAGCCCGUAAAAAUGCAUCGGAUGAGCCUGAAAGUGAUGCUAUUCAACAAGAAAUUUCACAUCUGCAUCAAAAAUUGGAUGACCUUGCACAAGAAAUAACGGAUUCUCUUGAAGAUUUGAAAUUUGAGUCAGAAGACUUGUAUGCCCAGGAAAUUGAAGAUGAGACAUCAAGAUGACAUGGUUCCAUACUAAAAAGUGACUGCAGAUUGCACAUACUCAGAAAUUUUGCCUGUAAAUAUUCUGAAACCUCUAGCUAGCAUAUUGAGGCCAACUAAAUAACUGGAAAAAUGCUGGUCUGCAUCAAAAGGUAGUUUGACUGUACAGUCACUUGGUUCCAUUACCAGCUGUAAUAUUUCAAUGGUCAUUCUUCUAAUACUGGUAUUUUUUCCAAUAAAUCUUUGUAUACCCUCAA